CCUCAAUGUAGUGAAAAUUUCGACCCUUUUCUGAAAAUGAUAUUGAAUACAUGAUACCAUAGAGAAUCAUAUCAUUUCGAUUUCCAUUUUCAAAUUGUUCAAUUGUAGUUGUCUUGAGCAGUAGUACACUUGCAAGGCACUUGCAAGGUGGUACAACUACAUACGAUGUUGGACCGUCCUGCUUCGAAACGUUUCAGUGCGAUCCCUACUCUCGUGAGAAGUGGGGAAAGCAGCUUGUUGAUAUCACAAAGCUGUGCUCGACAAAGAAGAUUCUCACAUUUCGUGUCGCUUUUGCUCGUGCUUUUAUCAGUUGAGUUGGUGUGUGGUGCAAGUAAAGUAGCGAGCCCAGUGGACCCAUGUCGCGACGAAGCCAUUCCGGAGUUACCGAAGAGUACUAGUGCUGCUCUAUCAGAAGAAUUAUCAGAUGUUGAGGAAGCUGCCUUACGUGCGUUGAAGAGUAGUGUGGCUGGGCAGCCAGAUCGAGCCGAACCAGGCGACGUUGUUCUCGUCACGGGCGGGAGCGGCUUUAUUGGGUCGAAUUUGGUGGAACUCCUGCUAGAAUACGGAUACGAGGUUCGCGUGCUGGACAAUCUGGAGACAGGAAAUAUUCUCUAUCUGAACUUGCUGGACAAUCCUAAAUUGCGCUUUAUUUUCGGCGACAUACUAGACCGAGCUGCACUCGAGAAAGCAGUGAAAGUUGAUGAAAAUACAGGUAGCACAUCGAACGACAACACGCGGCCGAAGAAGCUCGUAGGCAUUUUUCACUUAGCGGCAGCAUCCAAUUACGGGAAUGGUUCACAGAUCAUUUUCUCUCUCCAUCAGGAUCUUCACAAGAAUCGCAGACCGACGUUCUUGUACUUACAUACAUUUACAUUCAUCAUACUAACUUGUUUUCUUGAACAACGAGGCAAAACAGCCCCUCCAAGUACAACAAAGGUAGAUUGUAAGACGAAGGCAGAAGAUCAUCAUGCGUUGUGAGAUUGUUGAUUGUGCCUGUUCUAAUGCCUGGUUCUUCCAUCUCUGGUUGAUCCUGCAAUGGCGACGCACAACGUCCGCAACAACGCUCUCGGAACUGCAAACUUGCUCGAGAUCAGCAAGGGUCUUCCACAUUUGCGCAAAAUCGUGUAUGCGGCAAGUUCAACCUAUUAUGGGAACCGGGACCCGCCGCUGCGAGAAGACAUGCUGUUUUCCGUAAGCAGUCCCUAUGCAGCCAGCAAGUACAUGGGGGAACUUCAAUUCGACACCUUUGACAAGGUUCACAAUGUUCCAUCUCUGAAUCUGCGAUUCUUCAUGGUCUACGGGCCUCGGAAUCCGCGACGCGGUGGGUACGCCGUUGUGACCGGCAUCUUUGCGGAGCAGAAAAAAGCGGGUCAAAAAUUGACAAUCGAGGGACACGGCAAGCAAUACCGGGACUUCGUCCACGUGCAUGAUGUUGCAAGGGCUUGCCUUCUCGCGAUGCAGAGUGAAUUCGUGCGCGGAACCAGUAUCAACGUCGGCAGUGGGCGUGCGCAUUCAAUAUUGGAGGCAGCAGAAAUCGUGGCACCGGGUGAAGAACGGACUUACCUUCCAGCGCGCCGCAACGACCUUAAAGGCACACUUGCGGACACAUGCAGAGCGCGACGUGAGCUCCGUUUCGCUACCGAAAAAGUCUUUGAAGUAGAGAUGACGGCUUUAGUUCAGCAGACACUACAGGGGCGAGGCGAUUACACAUAUGAGGAGAUGGAACGAGCGUUGGGCGUCGGCGUUUUCGGUGCCGACAUCUGGGAGUCCUUGACGCUAGACGAAAAGAAUGCCCGUAUACGCGAUCAGAUCGUGAAAGAGGGCAAGCUAGAAGCUGCUCUUGCAUCUUUUCGGCAGAAAACGAAGGCCUUAGGUGUCAAACAAGGGUCCACGACAUCGGAACUCUAGCUCGCAAGUCUUGCAGUGCAAACCCUUCGCUAUUAUCCACAUGGUAUUGGUAACGCUUUACCUCUUGUUACGUUUUCGCCUGUUCUUGUUCAUAAUUGAGGUACUUACUAUAAAAAAAUUUCUACUCUGGUUGUGUGCUUGCAGACCUCAAGAAAGUGUGCAGCAAUGGCACUGCUUAUGCCUCACGUCAAUUUCAUCUGAGUUUAGAAGACUCGGCGAGGCCGCACCUACAGCAAUACCCAUGUCGUGCUUCCUUCCGGACACUGUUAGCCCAAAGACUUGCUGUUUGCUGCACUGGGAAAUUUAGCGAUAAGACAUGAAUUAGAAUUAUACUCGACACACUCACACACAAAUAAUGACAAAGUCCUCGAAAGAUUCGCAAAUCGGUUUCAUUCGGCAAAAAGCCAAUAUCC